UCAGAGUUAAGAGAGACCUGAGAGGGAAUUAGCGUACAGUGUCGAACAUGAGUUGGGUAUGGACAAUCGCGGAACUCUUUGUUCUGUUAGCUCUGCUUCUGAUCUUAGGGGUUGGAUCAGCGAUUUUCCUUGAGGCAUUUAGGAGAAAAUGCAACCACGAUCAAGAUCAAGGCGAUGCUCAAGCGGUCUUCGAGGAUCCAAAUUCGUUGAAACGGGUUCCAUGCCCCUGGAUCUUUGAUCCUGCAGAGAAGUACAUAUCUUUGAUAAUACCUGCAUUUAAUGAAGAACACAGGCUUCCUGGAGCUCUCGACGAGACCAUGAGUUAUCUCCAACAACGUGCGGCGAAAGACAAGUCUUUUUCUUAUGAGGUGGUAAUAGUUGAUGAUGGGAGUGGUGAUGGGACAAACAGAGUAGCUUUUGACUUUGUUAAGAGAUACACAAUAGAUAAUGUUAGGGUUAUUCUUCUUGGAAGAAACCAUGGCAAGGGAGAAGCUAUCAGAAAAGGAAUGCUGCAUUCACGUGGUGAACUACUCCUAAUGCUUGAUGCUGAUGGGGCAACUAAGGUUAAUGACCUAGAAAAACUUGAAAAUCAGAUACGUGCAGUGGCUAGAAAGGAACUCCAGUUGGGGGAUGCACCAUCUAGUGAUUUGAGUGCAAGAGUUUCUGAUAUACCAAUUGCUGCAUUUGGUUCUCGUGCUCAUCUUGAGGAGAAGGCACUGGCUACACGGAAGUGGUACAGGAAUUUCCUUAUGAAGGGUUUCCAUAUUGUGGUUCUCUUGACUGCUGGUCCAGGAAUUCGAGAUACACAGUGUGGCUUUAAGAUGUUCACUAGAGCUGCUGCUCGGAAACUAUUCACAAACAUUCAUUUGAAAAGGUGGUGUUUUGAUGUUGAAUUGGUCUACUUAUGCAAACACUUUUGCAUCCCUAUCAUUGAAAUAUCCGUUAACUGGUCCGAAAUUCCUGGUUCCAAAGUGAAUCCGUUAAGUAUACCCAACAUGCUUUGGGAGCUUGGCCUCAUGUCUGUGGGAUAUAGGACCGGCAUGUGGAAAAUUAGUACCUAAUAUGGUCCAGUUUUGUGGCAAAUCGCAAGUUAGGAGAUGGUUCACUUUCUUAGUAGGAAAAAUCAGUAAAAAGUGAGGAAAGCAGAGG